AUGACCGCCUCCCCUCCACCCACCCCACCGUCGAGGCCCGUGAGGGAUGACGAGCGAAGAUUACAUACCAUCAACUUGCCGUGUGAAUGGCUUGAAGACUACCGCCCCGGUGGUUGCCACCCUGUCCAUCUCGGCGACAGUUUCAAGGACGGCCAAUACAAGGUCAUCCGGAAGCUCGGCGAUGGCUCCUACUCAACCGUCUGGCUGGCCCGAGACCUGAGCAACUGUAAAUAUGUCGCCAUGAAAAUUCUCGUUUCAGACAUAUCGGCAUCCACAAACGAGGUUCAGAUUUUGCGCCAGCUCAACGGCAUCGCACCAGCACAAGGGGCUCGGCAUGUCACACAGCUGCUAGAUGAAUUCGAGCAUAGCGGACCUAACGGCAUCCAUAAAUGCCUUGUGUUCGAGCCGAUGGGUCCUAGUGUGAAUUCGAUGGUCGAAGAGCUGCCGCAAUUCAACCCGCGCAAGUGGGGUAUGAAAGUCCGAUAUCCGCCACAGAUGGCCAGGAGUAUCCUCAAACAGUCUCUGCAGGGCUUGGAGUUUCUUCACGGUAACGGCAUCGCUCACGGAGACUUCCAGCCGGGAAACAUACUCUUUGCCCUCAAUAACAUCGAUUCAAAGCCCGAGGAUGUGCUCCGUCAAAGGGAAGAUGUACAAGCCAUGUCCAUCUCAGAUACGGUACGGAGAUUAGAUGGUAAACAAGACAAGUGGGCGCCUCAUUAUCUUUGCGUUGGGCAGCCACUGGUCCGUUUUACCUCCUAUGCCGAAGACUUCAAGAUCAAACUAUCCGACAUGGGUGGAGGAUCGGAUUUUGAGGAUGACGAUCAUAUCCUUGCACUCACCGAAAGGCUCGGCCCCCUUCCUGAUGAGCUAUUCAAACGGUGGAGGACUUCUUCGUUGUACUUUACACCGGAAAGAAAACUCUACAAUUGUCAGCUCGGGGGAGUGCCGCAAGGGAAACAGCCGCUUCUAUUGCAACAAACAUCCAUGGAGGACUUGUUCGAUCAGGCGGGCCCGGAAAUUGAUGGGGAGGAAAGCCGUCAAGUGAAGGCACUCAUCCGACGGAUUCUUCAGUAUGACCCCACGAAGAGACCUUCGCCUACCGAAAUUCUGGAGGAUCCCUGGAUGCGCAAGAGCGGCUCGCUUUAG